CAUUAAAACCAAAUGAAACCGGUUGCAUAUUAGACGAUCAAUGCAGAAGAGCUUGCGAAACAACGAUGUGCGAAAAAAACGAUAAAGGGUCAAGAUGUAUGUGUGAGAAGGGAAGUCACUUUCUGUUCAAUAAAUGCUGGAAGAAAUGUCCUGAGUUCGCGUAUCCGGAGCCACAUAUUGACGAUACGGGGUUCAGCAGUUGCACCGUGAAAACAGAUCUCAAAACUGCAGUGAACUAUAUGCGUAGGCAUCGACGUCAACUACGAAGCAACUUUUGCUGAAA